AUGACCGUGUCCUACACGCUCAAAGUCGCCAACUCCCGCUUCGGGGGCUUCUCCAAGCUGCUCUUCCGCUGGAAAGGCAGCAUCUACAAGCUGCUGUACAAGGAGUUCAUCGUCUUCGUGGUGCUGUACGCCGCACUCAGCCUCGUCUACCGGCGGCUGCUGACUGAGGAGCAGAAGCGGCUCUACACCAAAGUGGCUCAGUACUGCAACCGCUCCACAGACCUCAUCCCCAUGUCCUUCGUCCUGGGUUUCUACGUCACGCUGAUCGUCAACCGCUGGUGGUCCGCCAACCUGUCCGCGGUGCUCAUCCUGCGCUCCGUCAGCACCAGGGUGCUCAAGCGCUUCCCCACCGUGGACCACGUGGUGGAGGCGGGCUUCAUGACGCAGGACGAGCGCAAGAAGUUCGAGAGCCUCCACUCCGACUUCAACAAGUACUGGAUCCCCUGCGUGUGGUUCACCAACCUGGCGGCCCAGGCCAGGCGGGACGGCCGCAUCCGCGACGACGUGGCCCUCCGCCUGCUCAUGGACGAGCUGAAUCUCUACCGGGCCAAGUGCAGCAUGUUGUUCCACUACGACUGGAUCAGCAUCCCCCUGGUGUACACGCAGGUUGUCACCAUCGCCGUCUACUCCUUCUUUGCCUUCUGCCUCAUCGGGCGGCAGUUCCUGGAGCCGCUGGAGCCAGGGCAGGAGGGGGACCUGGACAUGUACGUCCCGCUCUCCACCCUCCUCCAGUUCUUCUUCUACGCCGGCUGGCUGAAGGUUGCAGAGCAGAUCAUCAACCCCUUUGGAGAAGAUGAUGAUGACUUUGAGACCAACAAGCUGAUAGACAGGAACCUGCAGGUGUCCCUGCUCUCUGUGGAUGACAUGUACCAAAACCUGCCCCCCGCCACCAAGGACAAGUACUGGAACGAGUCCACGGCUCAGCCCCCAUACACCAUGGCAAAAAAACCCACGGCCGCCGAGCCCCUGAAGCCCUCGUUCCUGGGCUCCACCUUCGACAUGCGCAUGUGUGAGGACGCGGAGCAGAGUCAGGCGAUGGAGGCCUCGCCGAGCACGUCGCGCAUCCAGACCCCCCUGCUCAGCCGCUUCUUCACCGCCGCGUCCCCCGCCGUCAGCAUCAGAAACUUCGGCCGGGGCAGCCGAGGUCACCCCCACCUGCGGCACAGCGGCUUCCCCUCCCCUUACCCCAACCGCUCCGAGGACCCCGAGUCGGUGGCGCGCAUCGAGGAGGAGGAGACGGAGGAUGAGGAAAGCCGGGCUGGAGAGCCCACCCCCGUGGGGGCCUCCAAAACACAGAGGAAGGAGCUGCCGCUGAUCCAGGUGAAGGCACCAUCCAGCGACAGCAGUGGGGCUGACCAGCCAGAGGCAUGGGAUGCCUGA